AUGGCAAAAGCUCCCACCCCUCGUUGUAUCUUAAUUCGUCAUGGUCAGACUGAAUGGUCAAAGUCAGGCCAGUAUACUGGAUUAACCGACUUACCAUUAACUGACUAUGGUGUAAAACAAAUGAGAAAGACUGGAUCAGCCAUCUUUCAAAACAACUACAUAGUGCCAGAGCAUAUUACAUAUGUCUUCACUUCUCCUCGUACGCGCGCUCGUCAAACGGUUGACCUUGUUUUAGAGUCUUUGAGUGAGAAUCAAAGAAAGAACAUUAGAAUAGUUGUCGACGAAGACUUGAGGGAAUGGGAGUACGGUGACUAUGAAGGUCUUCUAACCCAUGAAAUUAUUGCUUUACGUAAGAGUCGUGGUCUUGACCAAGAUAGACCUUGGAAUAUCUGGAGAGAUGGUUGUGAGAACGGAGAGACAAGCGAACAAUUUGGCCUUCGUCUUUCUCGAGCAAUAUCGCGGAUCCAGCAUUUACACAGAAUUCACCAAAAGGAGGGAAGACCUAGUGAUAUUCUUGUAUUUGCGCACGGACACGCUUUAAGGUACUUUGCGGGCCUCUGGAUGAAACUCGGUGUUACGGCAGAUGUUCCCCCAGGUGCUAACGAUAUUCACACAUGGGACGAUGAUACCGUACCUGCAACGAAACUCACCCAGUAUUCUUUAUUGCAAGACAACCCUAACUUUCUCUUGGAUGCAGGCGGUAUUGGGGUUUUGUCAUAUUCGCACCAUAACAUCGACGAGCCUGCCUUAGCUUUGGCAGGCGCCUUUGUUUGUGAUGUUGAGGAGGAAUCGCAACACGAUGGAGUAUAG